CAAACAUUUAAAAAAUUUUUUUUUAUAAAAUUAAUAAUAUUUAUAUAUUCAGUUUGAUUUUGUACAAAGUUGCCAUGACAAUAUUGAGGAUUUAUUUUACAUCCUAAUUACAUUUAUAAUGGAUAUUACUGGCCAACUUAUAUAAAAUGAGUUUAUACUUUGAAUUUAAAGUUAAGACUAAUACGACUGAUGUUAUUACUGGUGUAAGUUACCAUCAACAGCUCGGUUUAUUGGCAAUAUUAUCUUAUUCUCAUGAUAAUCAACCUCAACUUGUUAUUUGUGAUGAAGUUGGUGAUGAACUGUACAGAAAUUCUAUACCUAGUGUACCGAAAAAUUGUAAAUCGACAUUUAGCUGGCAUCCUACACAACGUGCAUUAGCGUUCGGUUCAGAAACAGGUGAAAUAUGUAUAUGGAAUGGGGGAUCAAUAAGAGUUUUGAAGUCUUCUUUUAAAGGACCUUUAGUGUUUUUAAAAUGGUCACCGUUUGGAGGUUGUUUAGUAACUGGCGACCAUAGCGGUGUAAUAAUAGGAUGGAAAUCUGAUAGUCGAGGGCUGCUCCAACAGUCAUUUCAAUGUAAUUUACAAACAGAGUUAAUUGAAGAAAUAUCCUUUCGAGCUGGAAGAGCAGCUACUGACAUUUCUGAUUUAGCAAAAAUGGCUGUAGCCGGUGAUCAGAGUGCUUUAGAUAUUUUCAGUUCAUGGCGCCCGCGUACUACAUCACAUGGACUACGCUCUGUUACUUCUGACAAUAUAACAUUUUAUUGUGCUUCAACAACAGGACACUUAUUUUAUUUUAAUGAAGACUGUGAAUUCAAGAAUGUGUAUACAUCAAAUUCACCUAUUUCCAAAAUAUUGUGUCACGAUUCAAAAGAUAUAUGUAUUUUAGCUUGUGAAGAUUUGACCCUAGGUCAUUAUAUAUGUCACAAAGAUGGGUCUUUGGUUGAACUUUCAAAAGUAAAACUAAACGGACUAAAAGCUGAUUCCCUUAUAAUUUGGGUAGGCUUAUCAUUAUUAGCUUGUACCACAAAUGAAUUAUCUGUACGUUUUUGGGAUACUCAAUCGGGAAAUAGUUAUAUUCUAAAUGCUGCAUCAUCGUUCAAUAACUCCACACUUCUAAAACAAACAUUUGUAACUAUAGUAUACUUCAAAGAAAAAGGAUUACUAUGUGCUGCAACAAAUCUUGGCAAUAUAAUUGUUUGGCGUUUUAAUGAAGAAGCUGAAAAUAAAUGGAAUUUUCAUGGAUCGUGUAAAAUUCAGGAUAAAGUAAUACACUGUGUAUGGGGUCCAUCAAAUUUGGCUGUGCAUACUAUAAAUAGUGUUUAUGUAUUACAAGAACAUGCACUUUUAGCUCAUUAUAAUUGUCAAGCUGUCAUUAUACAAACAUCUGCGAACAACUUCAUUGUAUUUAAUUAUAUUACAGAUGAUUCAUUUAAUUUUAGUAGUAACAUUCAAGUUUUUGGUCUAUCUCUUACCAACGAACAUGUAACAUUUUGGAAUAGUAAAUUGGUAGAAGUUUACAAUAUUAAAUCAAAAGAAUUACAUGCAUUAGUUGGAACUUUCAGUUGUGAUGUUCAAGAAGUUUGCAUUUAUGAUAGAAUUCUGAUUGUGGCAGAAAAUAAUGGAAAACUACAAAUAAGAACAUUUCAAGGUACUAUCAAGCAGACAUUAGACAUUGAUGCACCAAUAGCAUGUAUUGGGUUGAACAACUCUUAUUUAUCAGUAAUUACAAUUUCUGGAGUUAUUCACGUUUGGGACUUGGAACGAAGGGAAGCAAAACCAAUGUGCCAACCUAAAGACGUCAUGUCAUGUGUUGAUAAUUUUGGAGAAGCCAUACAAUUACGGUUAAAUAAUAAUGGUACAAAAGUUUCAUUUACAGCGGCCAAUCAAAGUCUAAUACCUAUGUCACGAUUAUAUGUUUGGGAUCGUAGCUGUGAUACGAUAUACAUAGAACAUUUUGAAAAAAGCUUUAAUGUCAACAACAAGAAAUAUGACGAUACCAAAUUUAUUGUAUCACAUUAUUGGGAUUCUAAUGAACCAAACUUAUUAUUUUGUGAAGCAAAAAGUAUUAAUAGAACCGAAAAGAAAUCGAUUAAACCCAACAUGUAUAUUUCAACAUUAAAACAUACAAAAAAUACAUCUGCUAGUUCUUCAAUUAUUUUAAGUAUGUUUUAUAUUGAGCAAAAAGGUAUUAAAAUACAAGAUAUUAUUAGAUGUUCAGACCAGUUUUCAACACUAAUUGGGCUUGAUGCUCCUUAUUAUUUUAUACUCACUAAAACUAAUACAAAUGCAAAUAUGAAAGUUGAACGUAUAUUAAUGAAAGAAUUUGAAGGCAUUGAAAAUUGUAACUCAGAUAUUCGAGCUGCUAUUGUUAAUUUUGGUUAUAAUUUAUGUCUUGGAGAUUUAGACCUUGCUUUUAAUUUCAUACGAAAUGUUAAAAGUGCUGCAGUAUGGACAAGUCUGGCUAAAAUGUGUGUGAAAUCUAAACGUCUAGAUGUAGCAGAAGUGUGUUUAGGUCAUAUGAAAGACUGUAGAGGUUUAGCUGUUCUGCGAUCAUCAACUAAUGAAGAAGAGUUGGACUCUAGAGUAGCCAGUCUAGCUGUUCAUUUAGGAAUGCAUGAUGAAGCUGAAGAAUUGUAUAAGAGCUGCAAUCGUUACGAUCUACUCAACAAAUUUUAUAGGUCUGGCAAUCAAAUAACGUCUGCUUUAAAUGUUGCUGAAACAAAAGAUCGUAUACAUCUUAGAAAUACAUAUCAUUGUGUUGGACGUCAUUUGGAAAACAAAGGAGACAUAAUUAAUGCAGCUAUCAUGUAUUGUAAGGCUGAAACACAAAGCACUGAUGUACCGAGAAUGUUAAAAGAUGAUUCAGUUAGUUUAGAAAAAUACAUUCAAAAAAAUAAAAAUCCUUUGCUAUUGAAAUGGUGGGCUCAAUAUUUAGAAGGUAAUGGUGAUAUGGAAGGUGCAAUAAAGUAUUAUAAACAAGCAGAUGAUAAUUUAUCCACUGUUCGUGUACUUUGCUAUCUUGGUCAUUUGGAAGAUGCAGCUCAAAUUUGCAUGAAUACUAGCGAUAAAGCUGCUUGCUGCCAUCUGGCUAGAUCAUAUGAAGUCCAAGGAUUGUAUGAAGAAGCUGUAAAAAUGUAUAUAGAAGCUACAGCAUAUGUAAAUGCAGUACGACUAUCUAAGGAACAGUUUUUUGAUAAUCAUUUAUGGAACAUUGCCUUAUUGGCAAGUUCUAGAGAAAAAUUGGAUGUGGCACAAUACUUUGAGCAAACAGCACCAGAUAAAGCUGUUGUUUUGUAUCAUCAGGCUGGAUAUUUACAUAAAGCAAUCGAUUUAGCUUUCAAAUGUCAUAACUAUGAUGCUGUAUCAACAAUAUCUCAAGAACUAAAUGUAGAAGAUGAUUCAGAUUUGUUACUUAAGUGUUCAAAUUACUUUAUGGACCAAGGACAUUAUGAUAAUGCAGUUAAUUUACUAGCUAUGGCAAAUAAAUAUGAAGAAGCUGUGGAGCUUUGUAAAAAGCAUAAAGUUAUUAUUACUGAAUCACUAGGUGAUCAACUUACACCGCCAGUCGAUCAUACUAUACGUAUACUAAUUUUAGAAAAACUAGCUGAAUGUGCUCUAAUGCAGGCAAACUAUCAUAUAGCUGCUAAAAAGUUUACGCAAGCAGGCAAAAAGGUUAAAGCUAUGAAGGCAUUGCUGAAAUCUGGAGACACAGAAAAAGUGAUAUUUUUUGCUAAUGUGUCAAGACAACCUGAAACCUACAUUAUGGCUGCUAAUUAUUUGCAGUCUCUUGACUGGCAAGAACAUCCUAAUUUAUUGAAAACUAUUGUAACUUUUUAUAAUAAAGGAAAAGCACCUAACCUUUUAGCAAACUUUUAUGUGGCUUGUGCUCAGUUAGAAGUUGAUGAAUACCGUAACUAUAGUAAAGCUGUUGGAGCUUUGUCCGAAGCACUUAAAGUACUAUCAAAAACCAGUGAUCAACACAAAUCAUUGAUUGAAAACAUUGCAAAGAAAAUUACAUUGGUAAAAAAGUUACUUGAUGUUAAAAGGCAAAUUGAUAGUGGAAAUGGUGUCAUGGCAAUGACUAUGUGUCGUCAAAUUUUAUCUAUGCCCAGUUUAGACAUCAUACGAUAUGGGGAUAUUUACUCUAUUAUGAUAGAGUAUUAUGCAGCACAUGGUGAUAAUAAAAUGGCAGUUCAGCUAGUUAAUGAGUUGGCUCAUUCACAUCAAAGCGAUAAUCUUCUUUUUUAUAUUGACAAAGAUAUUUUAUCUAAAUUAGGAUAUGAAACUGAAUGCAUCAAAGAAAAUAAUCCAGAUAACGAAGAAGAAAUAUUAGAAGCCUAAAUCUUUUCUUAAAAAUAUAGUACAAAAUGUUUGAACAAUUUUGGUAAAAAACAAUGAUUUGAGGAAAUAUGGUUACUUAAUAUGAAAGAUAACUUUUUUUGAUUAUUUUUUUUUUUUUUAAUAAUAAGCCCUACUGAAUAUUUUGACUGAUAAGUAAAAUUUAUUAAUUAAUUUUCUCAAGUUUAGUUUAUAGAAAGGAUGUUAUAUGUGUGGAUGUUUGAUUGUGUUUUUAUAUUCAAAUAUUCAUAAUAAAAAAUAAAAAUAAUACAGU